GCAGUUCCUGUUUGUGGCUACUUUCUCCACUUUCCUGCUCUGCUGCGUGGAAUACGACAUCCUCUUCGCCAACCAGCCUGUCAAUCACACCCAUCCCGGAGGAGGAAGAGGAGGAGGAGGAAGGCCGUUCGUCCCGGAGCGGACCAAGGUGACUCUGCCGGACGCCAUCUUGCCGGCGGGAGAGUGCGCCGAAAGCAUCCAGGCCAACAGCGGUAUCAUUUUCCUACUCGUCAUGGCGGCCAUUUUCUGGCUCUACCGUUUGGUGAAGGUCUUUUACAGCCUGUUGGGCUACUGGGAGAUCCGCUCAUUUUACACCAAGGCCCUCAAGAUCCCCUCGGCGCAGCUGUGCAACUGCAGCUGGCAGGAGGUGCAGGCCCGCCUGAUCUCCCUCCACCGGGAGCAGCAACUCUGCGUCCACCGCCGGGAGCUGACCGAGCUGGACAUCCACCACCGCAUCCUCCGCUUCAAGAACUACCUGGUGGCCCUAGUCAACAAGUCCCUACUCCCCGUCCGUUUCCGGCUGCCCCUACUCGGCCGCGGAGUCUUCCUCACCCAGGGCCUCAAGUACAACCUGGAGUUGCUCCUCUUCUGGGGACCUGGCUCGUUCUUCCAGGGCAAGUGGAACCUCCAGCCGCAAUACAAGCGCGCCGGCGCCCGGUUGGAACUCGCGCGCCGUCUGGAACGUAGUUUGCUCCUCCUAGGAGUAGCCAAUUUGUUGCUGUGUCCCUUCAUCCUCGUCUGGCAGGGCCUCUACGCCUUCUUUAGCUACACCGAGGCGCUCAAGCGGGAGCCCGGCAGCCUCGGCGCCCGGCGUUGGUCGCUCUACGGCCGCCUCUACCUCCGGCACUUCAACGAGUUGGACCACGAGUUGCAAACCCGGCUGAGCCGGGGUUACAAACCGGCCGCGAAGUACACCAACUCCUUCGCCAACCCGCUGCUCGCCGUAGUAGCCCGUCACGUCGGCUUCUUCGCCGGCUCCGUCCUGGCCGUCCUCAUCGCCCUGACGGUUUACGACGAGGACGUCCUCACCGUCCAGCACAUCCUGACCGCCAUCACGUUACUAGGGCUAGUAGUCACGCUGGCCAGGGCCUUCAUCCCAGACGAGCACCUGGUGUGGUGCCCGGAGCAGCUACUCCAGUGCGUCUUGGCCCACAUCCACUACAUGCCAGACCACUGGCAAGGAAAUGCCCACAAGGCAGAGACCCGGGAGGAGUUGGCCCAGCUCUUCCAGUACAAGGCGGUCUUCAUCCUGGAGGAGCUACUCAGUCCCAUCGUGACCCCGUUCCUCCUCAUCUUCGCCCUGCGGGCCAAAGCCCUGGAGAUCGUGGACUUCUUCCGGAACUUCUCGGUGGAGGUGGUGGGCGUCGGGGACAUCUGCUCUUUUGCCCAGCUGGACAUCCGUCACCAUGGCAACCCCCAGUGGCUGUCCCAAGGCCGGACGGAGGCCCCCGCCGACCGUCAGGCGGCCGACGGCAAGACGGAGCUCUCUCUGGUCCACUUCGCCCUGGCCAACCCGCGAUGGCAGCCGCCGCCCGAGAGUUCCCUCUUCAUCGGCCACCUGAAGGAAAAGGUCCAGCAAGAGGCCACCCAGGCCCAGCGCCUCCUGGCCGAGGGGCCCCUGGCCACCUCCCUCCUCUCCGACGAGGGGCCCCCGGGGGCCGGGGUGAGUGGCCGGCCUG